CAGUGCGCAUGGCAGACAGGAAAGCAAAACUUAAAUUAAAAAAUUAAUGACACAUCCUACCUUGACGUCAUCUUGACCUAAACCCAGUUAGGAAAUCGCUGAUGUGAUUGGUGGAUACAUCGCUCACUUUUAAUCAGAUGGGAUCUAUAAAAGUAAUCGUAGAAAUGAGAAGUUUCAUUAAACAGAGAAGCACCAGUCGACUACAGAACACUGCGUACCUGUAACAUUACAAAGGAAGAUCUAAAAAUAAUACAAUACUCAAAAGAUACCACAACUGAACAACAACAAGCAACAAUAAGCAAUAACUACAACAGAUUCGCAACUACUUGAAUAAUAUCGGGAUAAGAUCUAGUCGACAAGCAGAAAACAAAUGAUGAAUUCUGUAUUUACAAUUGCAACUUUAUAUGCACUAUUUGCAGUAUUUCUUCAACAGUCUCAGAGUGUUCCUAUCCAGUCAUCUACAAGUACUCAAGCGACAACUAGUGAUGGAACGCAGGAAAAUGUUUCUCUUUGGCAACCACCGAACAAUAGAAGUUUAGAGGAGUGGCUCCAGAACAAUGGACAACCUGAGGAAGAGUGGAAGAAGGUGCAAGAAAUGAUGCAGCAAAUCCAACAGAUGAACUGUCUGAAAAAUGGAGGAUGCCCUGCUUCAGACGCCCCUUCUGAAAUAACCGAUGGUGAAUCUUCAAUGUCAGACCUGAUGGAUGAUGACAUUAUAUUGACCAUCGAGCAAGCUCAAUUCAUACUGGAGCAAAUGCAAUCUAGGAAGAAAAGGAAAGUUCAUAGUUUUGAUCGUUUCCCAACAAAGAAGUGGUCAACAAGGGAGCCAAUAAAAUACAAGUUCGAUGGACAACACACUGUUUUUGAGCUAACGAAGAUCAAAGGUGCUUUAUCACAUUGGGAAGAGCAGACCUGUUUGACUUUCCAAGAAGUAUCAAGAAACGAGAUUGUGUCAGGGUCCCAUAUAAUCUUCACCAAACACCGUGGAUGUUCGUCAUUCUAUGGAAGACAAGAGAGGAUUGUACCUCAGCCCGUUAGCUUAACAGCAGCCUGUAUCGGAUGGUUUGGUACCAUGGCACAUGAGAUUGGUCACGCUAUAGGAUUCUGGCAUGAACACGCUCGACCAGACCGUGAUGACCACAUCAAAGUUAUGUACAACAAUAUCAGAAACGGACGACAGUCUCAGUUUAUCAAACAAAACUGGCUCAACACAGACAGCUAUGGAGUUGGUUAUGACUUGGGAUCUGCUAUGCAUUAUCAUUCUAGGGCAUUUACAGCAACUGGACAGAACACAAUAGAGACCAUAAAUCCCUUGUACAAGAACACAAUUGGGCAACGAGUUGCAUUAUCAUUUGCUGAUGUCAAAGUUGCCAACCUCGCAUAUUGUGCAGAUAAAUGUCAUCGUGGAUUAUCACAGCAGUGCCAGCACGGGGGAUACCAGGACCCCAAGGCAUGUGAUAGAUGUAGGUGUGCUGAUGGAUGGACAGGAAAGUACUGUGAAGAUUUGGCUCCACCUAAAGAAGCAAAGUGUGGCGGAGUGUUGUUCGCAGAAACUGAAAAUACAAUGACCCAGAGUAUUCAGUCACCAGGCUACAAUGACGGCAAAUACGAAAAUGGACAGGAAUGCAACUGGCUUAUUCAGGCACCUGCUGGUUCACGAGUUGUGUUGUACUUUGUGGAUACAUUUGGGGUAUACUGUACACAGCCCUCGGUAGGAAACGCAUGUUUCCACUGGGUUGAAGUAAAAUACAAAAACAAUAAGGAGCAAACUGGACCUAGAUUCUGUUGCUACUCAACUCCAAGUGAUCGAGUGACGUCUGAAGGCAAUGAGAUGCAAGUACUCUUCAGAGCCAACCAUACUGCAUCUAGAUAUAAGAGGAAAGGCUUCAAGGCUAGAUACUACGCUGAACCAAUAAAUGAAUGUGAGAGUUCACCUUGUACACAUGGAGGACAAUGUGUCGAUGGUGUCAAUGAAUACACUUGCAAAUGCCCAAAAGGAUUCGGAGGAAAGAAUUGUGAAAAGGAAAUCGAAACAGAUAUCUGCUUUGAGAAAUGCAUGAAUGGAGGUACGUGUAAAGAAUCAGAAAAUGACGCUGAAGAAUCUUUCAAGUGCUUGUGCACAAAGGGAUUUACAGGACCAACAUGCGAAAUAGCAUGCGGUGGUUGUUCAUCAGAUCCUGGGUCUAUUCAACCCUCCUGUGGAGGGAGUUGCUGCAGGGGAGCUAUGCUUGUAUCUGGAGAUAGAUGUGAAGUUGCUGUUACCUCAGAUUGGAGCACGUGGAGUGACUGUAGCAAUAAAUGUGGAGGUUGUGGAAUGAGACGCCGAACACGUAAAAUUACCACCAGUCUAUUUUCCAAGGUCAAUACAGAAUCCACGUCAUGUAAUGCUCAGAGAUGCCCAGCCACCGAUGACUGUGAUUCCAAGAGAAUAUGUAGAUUCUUCCCACGCUCACUGCAGUGUAGACGACCCUGUCCCAGAUGUUGCCAAGGAUACCAUGAAGACAACAACGGAAACUGUGUACUCACUUUAUAAUAUCCUAGCGUAUGAGGUCGCGUCUAGGAAACAGCAAGGAUGCCAAGGUAUUGCAGUGAUAGUCUGCAGACUGUGAAGGACAUUAGUGAUUGAAGCAAUGUUUGCUUGUUCUUUGAAACCUCAUGAAAGGUUAAGGAGUUCAAAGGAGUUGACUCUUGUCAAUGGUUGAGAACGAAUCAGUUGAUGCGGCUUCAUCACAGGGCCUCGAAAAUAAAGAGGAAACAAUUAACACUCAACAAGAGUUAAUUAACAGUAUACCCACAAAAGCAUAAACCAAAGAUUUCGAUAUUACUUAAAUAUCUAUCGCUAAGUCAGAUUUGUGUUAUCAGUGUUAACGUUUACAGGACAAUAUAUUAUUGCAUGUUACUUAUAUAUUGUUAACAACUGAAUACUAGCAACUGCAAUUUGGCUUAUUUACAUAUAAAAUCAGUUUUUUCAGGCUGAAUGUCUCAGGGACAACCACAUUAUCAUCACAAUAUCAUCUAAUAAUACCAUAUCACGUCUGCAAUUUAAAUUACAUUAUUUUGUUGAAUCUUUAUUCACGUGAUUUAAUCAAUAUUUCAACUAUACAAUGUUGAUAUCAAAAUAUAAUUUUAUAUCAAAAGUCCCAGAAUUUAAUUUGACAAUCAACAACCAGGUUAUCUUGAUUUCUAUAACAGAACUUUUUUGUUUUGAACUGGCUGUGUAUUUUAUCAAAGUUUUCACGUAUACAAGACAAUGGUAUAAAAGAGAAUACAAUGCCAUUACGAAACGUACCGUUAUGUGCAACUACUUGUAUGUACAAGUAGCCGUAUCAAAUUACGAAGCCUUUUUACAGCUAUGGAUUUUUUGAAAGUAAUUGAACCAAAACCAAAGUGUUUUUGCAGACAGUUACGUUCUGCAAAUUAUAUUACUAUUAUUGUUUUGAUUGCAGUGUUUUAUUUUCAAAAGUCUAAAUAUUAUAUAACUUUUGAAUGCUAUAAUAUAGCUUUUAAUUUAUUUUAACUGUACAAUGCCGCUGUGUUGGCAAUUUGGCUGGUCCAUUGAUUGUCGAUCAAACGUAGUGACAAAAUUGUAAAUAUAUGCAUCAUUAUAUAAAUAUAUUUUAUUUAAUAUUUUUAUGACAAAAUCAAACGGCCAAAGCUACAUAUCGUAUUUAAUUUAUUAAUUAAUAACUUGUGUUAUACACAGUUAUAUUAUACUAUAUUUUAUUAGACAAUUAUAAAUAAAUUUUAUAUGCAUCCCCA